AUGUCUAGAAAUGGUGCGCAGGCCGCUACGGCAAACGGAGCGUCCGCGGGGAUAUCCACCUCAAGGCCUGCCUUCUCUGCCUUCUACGUAUUUCCUGACGACGUGAACUACCAUCGGCAAACGGGCAGGCCCGCUUCAUCUAACUUGGGGCGCCCGGAUUGGGGCCUUGUCUCCACACAGUACCUCCCGUUAAUGGGCGUUUCAGCCUCUCUGAACGUGGAGCGUGCCAUCUCUGCAAAUCAAGCGGCGUGGAGUGGGCAGAGCUACCCCAUCUCCCACAGUGGCAGCAGCGUCGGUACAGAUAUCGGUCAAUGCCAUCUUUCGCGCUAUGAAAACGUCGUUAUCGCGCCUGAGCUCGAUUUAGACCGUGGUAGCACCAGCAGUGGCUUCCUUCGAAGUCAUAACAGCUCCAUGUUAGAGUUCAUGCGGCGCCAAUCGCUGAGUGAGGAAGGACAGGAUCGGAGUCUCUCCGUUGGAGGAAGCUCCUGCUUCGAAGAAAACACCACCCCUACGGCAUACCCACCACACAAUUUUUACGCCGCCCUUGGCCCUGCCGGAUGCGCACCCUUGCCUUUAAGGGAAAAGAAAUAA